AAGUGGUGGCGAUGAUAUUUGGUAUUUUAUACCAAAAUUCUGAAAACAACGAAAAAAACCCUAAUUUCUCACUCUUCUUUUCGUUUUCAACACAUUUCUUCUCUCUCUCCCCGCCGAUGAGGCCACUCCUCUAAGCCACCACGAAGAUUCACCGGAUUCCCUUCUCUCGCCUUCCCUCCUUCCAGAAGAUAUGACUACUCUUAAUGUUUUUGUGAACUAUGAUGGGCAUUGGGAUGAUAACAAAUGCUACGUUGACUUUAAGAUGACUGGUAUAUUAGUGCCUAAGGACACUACCUAUAAAAAACUGUUGGGAUUAUUGUCCAAAGAGUUGAAUAUCAAGCCUUCAGAACAAUCCAUAACUGUCCAAUACCAAGUGAGUCCAGGUUCUCCACCCAUCACCAUAUUGACUGACGGCGGUGUCUUGUUUUACUUGGAGUUGAAAAAGAAGGAUCCUGUACUUACUGGCUUCCCAUUGUGCAUCACUGUUGAGGAUAGACGGUUGGCCGUCAACAACCCAGCAUUGCCAAUAAAUCAAGUUCAACCGGUUGAACAACCAAAUGAAAUAGCAAAUGGAGAGGAACAAGAUGAAUCAAAUCAUUUGAACGCGAUGCCUACUCCAACGAACAGUGAUAAUCACACAUCAGAUAAUCACAUAUUUGAUGAUGUUUAUGAUUCUCCAAUGGAGGUGGAAACAGUAGAAGCAGUCAACAAAAAUGACCACUCUAUUCUUACUCGCUCACGAGCUCUACGAGAAGCAAAAGCUAGUUCUAGCAAACGACGACCAUACAAGAAGCGGAAGCUGAAGCGCUUGGCUGUUAGUGAUUAUGAAACGACGAAUACUAUCAUAUCGGAGUACCAUUAUUCAGAGAUUGCAGCUAAGCAGCUGUAUAAAAACAAGGAUGUGUUGAAGAAGGUCGUUAGUAUGUUUGCUAUCAGAAACAAUUUUCAGUAUAAAGUCAGGAGAUCAGACAAGAGGUUUUUUUUGGUUACUUGCUUGGAUCAAAGUUGCAAGUGGCUUCUUCGGGCAUCGAAAUAUUUGAAAACUGACAUGUUUAUUGUGAGAAAAUAUGUUCCGACGCAUACUUGCUCUUUGGAUGUUAAAGGGGAUCAUCGGCAAGCUAGUAGUCGAGUAAUCGGUGAAUGCAUCAAGUCCAAGUAUAAGUUGUUGGGAGAAACAUCUUAUUCGCCAUAUGACAUCAUGAGAGACAUGAAGGAUGAAUAUGGUGUUUCAAUUAGUUAUGAAAAGGCCUGGAGAGCUCGAGAAUGUGCCUUGGAAAUGAUAAGGGGAGCCCCAGAAGAAUCGUAUGAAAACAUUCUUUCUUAUCUUUAUACGUUAAAGAAUAAGAAUCCUGGAUCUGUAACUCACCUGGGAACAGAUAAUGAUAGUCAUUUUAAGUAUUUGUUCAUUGCUUUGGGAGCAUCACUUUGUGGUUGGCCUCAUUGUCGACCUGUUAUUGUGGUUGAUGAAACAUUCCUAAAGGCUAAGCAUAGUCGUACCUUGUUUACAGCGUGUGCUAAGGAUGCCAACGACAAGAUUUUCCCUUUGGCUUUUGGUAUUAGUGAUUUUGACAAUGAUGCAUCAUGGGAUUGGUUCUUAACAAAGUUAAAAGAUGCAUAUGGUGAACGAGAUGGGUUGUGCAUCAUAUCUGACCAACAAAGUAAUAUCUGUGCGUCAGUUAAAAAAGUUUACCCGAAUGCAAAACAUGGGUUCUGCAUGACUCAUGUUCUUAAUAAUCUCAAGGCCAACUUCAAAUCUUGUGGAAAAGAAAUUGUUCCGACUUUUAUUGCUGCUGCUAGAUCGUACAUUAAAGACGAUUUUGAGUACUACAUGAAACAGCUUGACAACAUUGAUGUUGGUAUUCGGCCUUAUCUAGCUGAAGUAGGACACGAAAAGUGGUCGCGAGCGUUUUUCACUGGUGGGAGAUAUUCAAUAAUGACUGCUAACAUUGCCGAGUCAAUGAAUAUUGUUGAUGGUUCGGCUAGAGAAAUGCCUGUGGCGGCUUUGGUUGAGUGGCUAAUUAAUUGGACGGAGAAAUGGUUUACAGAAAAGAGACAAGAAGCUGAAUCAACAGUCACAGUACUUGCAGCAGCUACAGAGAAGGUCUUGCGAGAAAAUCAGGUUGCAGCCCUGCCUUUGGUGGUAUGUCUACCAACUUAUCAAUUCUUUUUUCUUUCUUUCUUUUGUCUUUCAGGGAUGCGUACAUUACAUGAACCAUAUCAUUUGAUUUGCAUUGCUUUGCAGGUUUUGCCAAUAGAUUCCAACUUAUCACGAGUCUAUGAUGGUGACAGCCUUUUUAUUGUGAAUUUAGAUGAGAAAACGUGCUCAUGUCGUCGAUUUAACUUGGAUCAAAUUCCAUGUCGACAUGCUUUGGCGGUGAUAGCAAAAAAAAGGUUGAAUCCUUAUGCAUAUUGCUCGCGCUACUAUAAGAGGGAAGAAUUACUUGCAACUUACCAGGAAAUAAUUUAUCUUCUUGGGAAUCCUCGAACUUGGAGUAUUCCGGAUGAUGUUAAGUCGAUGGAAGUCUUACCUCCAAUUUCGACGGAGAAGUCAAGCAGGAUAAAACGAAAGAGAUUAUCUUUUAGUGGAGAACACAACUCUAAAAGUAGGUGUGGUAGGUGCGGACAGCCUGGGCAUAACCGAAAAACAUGCAAAAGUCUCUCAAGUUCACGAUCCUCACUGUCAGUGGGAAGAAGAUCAACUCGGUUGUCAAGAAGGAUCACAUCUGAUGAAGAGGAUCCAUCUGAUGAAAUGGACGAUGAAUUUCAAUCUGAUGAAGCUUUAAAUGAAGUCCCAUUUGAUGAUGCUGCCUAUGAAACUGAAGUUGUGAAACAGUUGACGUUUGAUGAAGCUGCCAAUGAAAAUGAAGUUGCCCAAGUAAAACCAUCUGAUGAAGUUGCCAAUGGAAAUGAAGCUGCCAAUGAAAUGCCAUCAAAUGAAGUUAAGACUGAAAUACCAUCUGAUGAAAUUGCCAAUGGAAAUGAAGUUGUCAACGAAAUGCCAUCUACUGAAGUUAAGAAUGAAAUAUCAUCUGUACCAUCUGUCAAAGUCACCAGCGAAUUGCCAUCUGUCGAAGUCGCCAGUGACAUACCAUCUGAGGAAGUCGCCAAUGGAAUACCAUCUGAAGUUGCGAAAGAAAUACCAUCUACUGAAGUUGCCCAAGAAGUACCAUCUACUGAAGUUGCCCAAGAAGCACCAUCUGCUGAAGUUGCCCAAGAAGUACCAGUUGCCUAAUCAAACAUAUUUUUUUUUUCUUUUAGCUGUUUUACUCAGUACUUUAGUAGGGUUGUCAUGGUUUGUUUCGUUGUGUUUUGUUUUGUUUGUAUAGUUCAAUUGAGAACUUUUCUUAUUGUUAGAAGGAUUGCUUUCGUAGGAUUGUCAUCUAUGUUUAAUUAAGAAACAUUGCAUGUUAUUCUAGAUUAAUAUUGUGAAGGAAACUGAGAAAAACACAUUGCUUAAA